UCAACGUGUGAGUCUCAAGACGAAACGACUUGUAUAAGGCAAAUACAACAUUGCAACAUAAAUAUUGCUUCAAACAGGCCUAAAUCUGUGGGAGAACCGGCAUCUCGAAGAAACAGACUACUUCGUAGAAUUGCAUUUAGAAAGAUGGAUGCUGUCCCAGAAAGGAAGGCUUCCAGGGCAACAGCCUCGGUCCCUGAUACCACAUACUGCCAGCCAUGUGCAGAAAACAGUAAACAAAUACUUCCCGAAGCCUUCUGUCCUGACUGCAAGGAGUUUCUGUGUUCCACCUGUGCCCGUGUACACAGAAACAUGGAGCUGACCAAGAGCCACGUCCUCCAAGACAUGAGCAGUAUGCCAUCCUCAUUCCGUGGUGCAGAGAGUUGGGAGGAGAAUUUUAAAGAAAAAUGUCAGCGCCAUGCUAAAGAGUUCAUAAAAUACUUCUGUCCGAACCAUAACGAACUCCUGUGUGGAGACUGCGUAGUUGAGAAAAUGCAUCGCUCCUGUCAUAUUGACAAGAUUUCGCAAGUGGCGAAACGAUACAAGGAAGGCGCGGAAUACAACAGUCUGAAGACAGGACUUAACCAGAUGGUCAGAGACAUUGGCGAGCUAUUUAACAAAAUAACGGCGAGCACGAAAUCAGUUGAUGAAGACGGUCUUACCAAUAUCAACGAGCUUCGCGAGUUCAGAAAUGAAAUUAACCAAUACUUUGAUAAGAGGGAAAGCGAACUUCUGGCAGAAAUUGAAGAGAAGAAAAGGAAAUCCAAGUCGCUUCUAGAUGAACAGAAGUCGAAAUGCCAAGACAUGAAAACUGCAUGUGAUAACUUUAUAUCCAACCUUCAAACCCAAGAGUCCAACAACAUCCAGCUGUUCAUAUCAGGAAGAAAGGCCUUGAAAGAGCUGACCAGUCUCCAAACAACACUGAAUGACGUCUGCAACAAGAGCAGAGUUCCCCGGUACCAAUUUCGCAGGGAUCCAUCUACUGAACAGUUGUUGGCCUCCAUCACAGCGAUAGGUAGAUUGGAAAAGACGGAUUCAGCUUCAACCAGUGAGCAGCAGAACCGGCAACAGGAACUAAAGCAGCAGCAACAACAACAAGCAACACAGGCAUACUCGACACCCCUGAAAGUCCCCUUGCUUGGCAGUGCAGACCUAAGUCUGGCCAAGUUCAGCAGGCAGCCUGAUAUCCAAAUGAAGACAACGGCUGAUACCAGCAACUGCAGCCUGACCAAUGUGACUCUCCUGCCAGGGGGCAUGUUGCUACUUGCAGAUAGCGACAAUAAUUCAGUGAAGCUUUUGGACACUGAAACCAGCACGGUAGUGUCGAAGGUGAAACUGCCAGGUGAUCCGUGUGACCUGUGUCUACUACCUGGGGACAGGGCAGCCGUCACUCUGCCUUGUGAGUUGAAGAUACAGUUCCUGUCCACUAAAUGUAAUGUCUCACUACAGGAUAUUGUUGAAGUAGGUGAAGAGUGUUAUGGAAUAGAUUUCUAUGAUGACAACUUGAUAGUGUCUUUCUCCUACCCAGGUAAGGUUGUGAUGAUGGACAUGAAGGGAAAGGUGAAUAAGAGUGUGGACAAAGACAGCAGUGGAAAACCGUUGUUUAGGUUCCCUUAUUAUCUGACAGUGACCAGAGAGAGCCACAGACCGUCCGUAUAUAUGUCAGACACGGGCACCAGCAUCAUCACCAUGCUAAGCACUUCUCUCCAGGUCCUCAAGAUUUUCAAGGCCGCUGCACUGAUUAACCCACGUGGUCUGACAGCCGUGGGUGACACGCAGUUGCUCGUGUGUGGGUUUGGCAGUAACAACAUCGUGUUACUGGACACGUCCACAGGCAAGAUGACCCAACUGCUGGGUAAAGAAGAGGGGAUAGUGAGUCCAUACAGUGCGGCUUACUACUCACUGAACAAGUGGAUGUUUGAUACCUGCAACGAAAACGACUUUGUGAAAGUGUUCAAAGUUAAAUAAAAAGCACGGUCAUUUGGUUGUUAAUCACAUGAACACUGUUUUUUUUAUCUUAUGGAAAUAAUGAGCUUGAUAACUUUGUGUCUGUGAUGUUUUUUUAAGAAUGUAACAGAACAUGUGGACAGGAGCACAUGAUUUGAAAACAGUUAAUCAAGGACAGGAGGUGUUAAUGGAGAUGUUAUAGAACAUGUGACCAGGAGCAUAUGAACUAAAACAUAAAACAGAAGUUCGACAUUAUUUGUUUGCCUAAAAGAGUGUAAUGUUUGAAAAAGUCAAAUACUAUUAUAAUAAUAGGAUGCUAAUAACUAUCAAGAAUGCAUAUAACUAUCAAGAAUGCAUAUUCUUAGUUUAACAACAUUAAAAAUAUGCAAACGUGCGGACGACAAAGCUAAAUAAAUCUAUCCCUUUUCAAGAGACACAAAUACAGUCUGAACGUGAAAAGCGUUGACAUACAAGUAAUAUAACAAUCUCCAAACAUGCGACUUUGCAAAGAAAAAACUAUGAUUUAAUAAAUGUUAAAACACAAGAACCAUUGCUAAACCAAGUCCCUAACAGAGGUGGCUUCAGUUUUGCUACAAUAUUGAAUACGAAGGCCGCUUUUUAUAUUAUUAUAUUUAUUAAUCAGAAGAUUUACUCAGUCUAGAUUUUUUUCGUGUUUUCUUUUUUUUUGCUUUUUAAGUUUAAGCACUAUUAUUUUUUGAUAUUUUACAGCUGCACUCACACAGAUUGAUGGAUUAUAAUUUUAUUAUUUUAGUCUCAGAAUCGGCUGAUUUUUGGUAUCAAUGCCAUUAAUUUAGUCCUAUGUGAUAUCUCGCAAAGGAACAUAUUUCAAUUGUUUGGAAAAAUGCCGACAAGCUUAUUUUUCUUUAAGCGUUCUUAAAACUUUCCGGAAUAACAUAUCAAUUUUCGAACGUUAACAUGAAAAGUUGCGAUCCGUUCUUUGACAACAGUCUUACAUCACUGAUUUUCAGACAUUUACGCAAAAACGGACUCAUUCAAAAAAAAUGUAAACAUGGUCUAUAUGUGAGAGUACAGCUUUAAUACUAACUAGAUAUGAAAAAGAUAUUAUAAAAUUGGUGACUUUCAUAAACUGUCGACAUGAAAAUACAUUUUAUUUACAUAUGAUGCUUUUGUUAUUUUUUUGUUGCUUCCACAUUUAAAAUGUUUCAUGUAUUUAACAUGUAUUUAUAUAUUCAGAAUAUAUA